UUGCUCACCCCACUUCCUCCCCUGCCCGGAGUAGCCAUGGCGGCCAUGAGCCUGCUGCAGCGGGCUUCGGUCGCCGCGCUGACAGCGCUGUCUGGCCGCCGUGCUGGCACCAGGCUCGGAGUCGGAAGUUUCCUCACACGGAGCUUUCCGAAGACUGUCGCUCCUGUGCGGCACAGUGGGGACCAUGGCAAGAAAAUGUUCGUCAUCAAAGCUUCUUCAUACUAUGAAGAUCGCUUCUUGAGGUUAUUGAGGUUCUACAUUUUGUUGACUGGGAUUCCAGUUGCAAUUGGCAUAACGCUGGUGAACAUAUUUAUUGGUGAAGCUGAACUUGCAGAAAUCCCAGAAGGCUACAUCCCAGAACACUGGGAGUAUUACAAGCAUCCAAUAUCAAGAUGGAUUGCCCGAACUUUCUAUGAUAGUCCCGAAAAGAAUUAUGAAAGAACCCUGGCUAUUCUCCAGAUUGAAGCUGAAAAGGCUGAGUUACGGUUAAAGGAGCAGGAAGUUCGAAGACUGAUGCGUGCCCGGGGUGAUGGACCCUGGUUUCAAUUUCCGACCCCUGAGAAGGAAUUCAUUGAUCAUUCUCCAAAAGCAACUCCUGACAACUGACAAUUCAUUUGUCUAAGAACAGUGUGUUCUCUCUAGUGGAAAGAAAUGAAUAAAUAUUCUGUAUUUUUAAUCUGAUGCACACAAGCUUUCAUAGCUGUUUCUUCAUUUGGUUCAGGUGACGUAUUCCACGUGGGCUUUUCAGCUUCAUCUGGUGAGAUUUACCAGAACUAGAGGUCUGGGAAUUUGUGAAUUCCUACAAUGACAGUGUUGAUAGGCUGCUGAGUUCUUUGUGUAGCAGGUGAAAGUGCAGCAGUCCUGUGAAUAUGCAGGAACUGUAGUCAUCAUUGUAGUCAUCAAUGUAGUCAUCAUUGCAGAUGGGGUUAUUUGGGACUACUUGGAAUUUUAACUUUAAGAAAUACUGAACCAAUCAUACAAAAAAUGUUAGCACUACAAUAAACAAAUUUUAGUAAACUA